GGAGAUCUACUGGUCCAUUCGCACCGAGACUGUUCUGUCGCCUCCACAAAGUACACUAUGAUAUAGUUUCUUUUUAAUAAAAUAUCUUCUGUUUUUUUAAUAGUCAAACGAAACUGCGAUCAUGUUCCGGUUGUUUGUGCUGGUUUUUUUAACUGCCACGGCAGUGAAGAGCGACGAAAUCAUGCGAAACCUAACGACAAUUAGUUGGGCGCACGCUGUUAACACCAAGGCCUGUCUUGAAGCUGCUUUAGCUAGCGAUGUUUCAAUGUUAGAGGCGGACAUAGUCAUCGGCACUCUCAAAGGGAAAGAAGGCCAUAGUAUCCCUAUCAUGGCUCACCCUCCCGCGACUACCUCCGACAUCAGCCUAGAGGAGUUCCUGUCCUCUGUGCACCAGUAUAACAACGUGAACAGGCAGAAACAGAAGGGAGUCAAGUUAGACUUUAAGAGUAUCGAGGCUUUUGAGAAGAGCCAGGAUUUGAUUAAGAAAUAUAGUGGCCCAGAGAUAACAUACCCCGUCUGGCUAAACGCAGACAUCCUACCAGGACCAGUGAAGGCCACAACCAAGCCAGUAGAUCCCGUGAAGUUCCUCACUCUCGGCGCUAAACAUCCUCGCACGGUCCUCUCAAUCGGAUGGACCACCAGCUACGGGGGGAACGUCACAGAGGGGGAAUACAGCCGCGACCAGAUCGGAACAAUGCUCAGGAUGAUUAACGAGUAUCAUAUUAACCAGACUGUCACGUUCCCUGUCCGAGCUGGCCUAGCCUGCAACAGCCAGCCAGUUAUCCUGGACCUGCUGCGCGAAACUACUUCGCUCAACUCCUCUAUGACCGUAUGGUCCAGCGAGGGCGACGCCGUGGAAGUGGAUCGGCUUCGCGCACUGAUCCUCACGGUGGGCCUGGAGCGCACCUACUUGGACGUUCCGCAGGAGUUGGCUGCGAGCCUUCAUCUGCCACCACCUGACGCGAAUGCCCAUAAGCAUUAGAUGUUUUAUUAGUUAUUGUA